AGGGCGGCGAUAGUACUCGUGACGUCACCGCGUACAGUUUAGCACAAACGUACUUUCUGAAAGAAAGAAUAGACCUACGGCAAGAGAAAAGCGAAAGAGAAAGAUUAGAAACAGAUCAAGAGAGAAUCAAACGGACACAAUAAUUGACAUUAAAAAGGUCAUUUAACUCCAGAGCCUGAGCAACUACAGCUGUUUGAAAAUGAAUGUGUUUGAUCGCAGCAUAAAUUUUGAUGCUCUGUUCAAAUUCUCCCAGAUAUCCCAUUCCACCCGGCAGCACCUGAAGAAUGUGUACUCCAGUCUGGCCGUGUGCAUGUUCAUUGCAGCCGCUGGGUCCUACGUGCACGUGGUCACACGCCUCUUCCAGGGGGGGCUCCUGUCCAUGCUGGGCUCUUUGGGAAUGAUGGCCUGGUUGGCCAUGACACCACACAGCUCCCAGACGGAGAAGAAGAGAUUGGCAAUACUGGCAGGAUUCGCCUUCUUCACAGGUGUUGGCUUGGGGCCUGCCCUGGACUUUGUCAUUGCUGUUAAUCCAAGCAUUAUUGUGACAGCCUUUCUGGGCACUUCUGUCAUGUUCCUGUGCUUCACCCUGAGUGCCCUCUAUGCCAAACGCAGGAGCUACCUCUUCCUGGGGGGUAUUCUAACAUCUGGCCUGACCAUUCUGCUCCUGGUGUCGAUUGUAAACAUGUUUGUUGGCUCUGUGGUGAUCUUCAAGGCUCACAUGUACCUCGGCCUCGCCAUAAUCUCCGGGUUUGUGCUCUUCGACACUCAACUCAUCAUCGAGAAGGCGGAGAUGGGAGAUAAGGACUACAUAUGGCAUUGUGUGGACCUCUUCCUGGACUUUGUGACCAUCUUCAGAAAACUCAUGGUUCUUCUCGCCAUGAACGAGAAGGACAAGAAGAAGGAGAAGAAGUAGACAAAAAGACGUCGACAGACCUUUCCGGAAAACAAACAAAAAUUGAACGACCUUGAAUAGUAUCCAGAAUGCUUCUGGUGCAUUCAGCAACCACCCCUUAAUUACCGUUUUUGCUCAUUUUGAUUUUGUAUUUUGAUAUGGCGUCUUAAUUUUAACUUUAAAAAUGAGUAGUAUUUGGUUUGGCUACAGAGAAGAGUUGAUAUUUGAGAUUCGGUGUAAUGAAGUCCCUGUGCAGUGAUUUAUUUUUAUUGGAAAUAUUGUAAUGUGAACUUUAUUGGACCUCUUUGUACAGUUCCCUUCGCUGAGCUGUAACCCAGUGGCAAAUUCAGCUCCUGUAUUGUGAGAAUACGUCGUGCUCUGAAUCAACUGUCUCCCAGGCUAACAGGGUUUUCAGGCCUGGAGCUAACAUCUUUAAUUAUAGAGCUAACUUCAUAUGAAACCAUUCAUACGAAAGACCUCCAGCAACAAGGGACGUGUACAAACUGUCCCGCUGAUAUUUAAAGUGAUAGUUGAUGGUUGAGUUUAAAAAAAAAAAAUAUUUUUUAUCUCUGUGUAUGUGUUUGAGUGGCCCAGGUGGGUUUUGUGUGCCGUGAAGGAUAUUUGAGGUUUUACAGACAUUUCUGAUGAGGCCAUUCUGGGGGUUUUCAUCUAAAGCAAGACAUUUUUUUUUUUUUUUUGCAUUGUACCUAAAAUGUAUCUGGGCCAAUCAAAAUCAUGCACUUUAAACUGAAACAACAUUUAAAAAGAAACAGAAAGUCAGCUAUCACUUUAACAUGGAAAGUCCCAAAAAUUUUCAUCACAGUAGUGAUACAGUAAUGGAAUAUCUCCACCAGGGGGAGCAGUUGCUCAACUUAACCAGACGUCAAUGCUGCUGGACUUGUUGCCGCCAUCUGAUUCUGCUGCCAUAACGUUUGAUUUGUGACACUCGACGUAGCAUGGGGAGUCUCGGGUUAUUCAGUCAUUCAGCUUGUUUUCUCGAUAUUGUCGCCAUCUUGCUGUGCCGUGCGUCCUCCUUCGCGAGAUAAGCCUGGCUCCACCGGGCCCUUGGCAUAUAUUAUUUCAGACACACGGAUUUGAACUUUGAACUUCUUUCCCCCGAUUUUUUUGUGCAGAUUUGCACUUCAGAGAGAUGUUUUCUGCAAGUAUGAAAUUACGAAGACUUGCGUGUAUUUAUGUAUGUAAUGACCACCUAUACAUACGUGUAUACGUGCACACGUAAAUGCAACAAAAGAAACCCUAAAUUUAUAUGCACAUAACUACGCCUCAGCGUGGAUUAAUAACCUGAUUCUGAUUGGCUGAGGACUGCGCAUAUUUACAUUGACCUUCACUUUGAAACAGGCUGACAGUGUCAGAGGAAGUGGAGGUGCUCCUUCAGAAUUCGACCCAAAGAAGCAGAAAUUCUCCCUCGUUGCGGUGUCCUGCCUCAGCUCAGUCCCGUACCUGCCCUGAACCCGUGGCGGGAGCUAAGCAGUACCUUCUAACGAGUAAAAGCCAUGCUUUAUACCCUCUUCUCCCCGAUUGGCCGUGCUAACUCAUUUAUUGCCAUUCUGGUAGUUAUGGUUCAUUUUGAUAGUAUUUGUGAAGAUUUCUGGUGGUGUUGUCCUAUUGGGAAAGUGGUGUGUAGUAACGGAUUUGCUGUGAGAAGUGUAACGUAUGUUUUUCAAUUUCUCCCAAAUUCAUACUUUUUUUUUUUGAGUUAUUCAUUGAAACGCGCCAAUAGAAAAAGGUGAGCGCGAGUAGACGUCAUUUUAACCCUCGCUGGGUGCUCUGCAUGGGCGCAUAGUUGUAAUGAAUGAAAACCAGGAAUGGCCGUGGUGCUUUCAGAUGGUACACGCACCACAGUUUUUUUUUUUAACAAUUGCACUUUAGAGUUGUGCGAGUAGACCGGACGAGGCAGCCAAACUACAACCCGCUCAGGCCAACGUUUUCCCCGGGAGCCCAUUCUGAGGGCGAGCGUGUCCUCCCCUUGCCCCGAAUCUCUGCCCCAAAAACAACCCAAUCACGCGGGCCCCGCUGCAGAGGCACAGUGCACAGCUACUGGUUCAUGACUGCAUUUUAUAGAGAGGGAAAGUCAGACACUACUGAUCUUUAAGAAAGAUCCCACUCUUAGAAGCAGGAGAGAUGCCAUUUUGAAAUGUAAAAUGUGGAAGUCUUAUGUUUUUUUUUUCUUCUAAAUGAAAUCAUUCCUGUUUAUUUGCACUCAUUUUCAGCGCCGAUAAUUAUUAUUUUGUUCAAGGACCGUUGGGGCAGAAGCGGUAAGAAAGAAGAUGAAUCUUUUGUCUGUUCUGUGGUCUCGCUGGCAGGACGCCUUCUGCGUCUUUAAUGUGAAUUUGUUUUAAAUAACAUGUUCUGUCAUUCCAUUGCUUUCGAUAUUUCAAGUGUGCUCUUGUUCACGCUGACAUUUUUUUCACUCAUCCUGGGUUAGCUUUGCAAAAUCUUUCGUGGCAAUGCCUCAUUAGUAGCUUAAGUAGAACUAAAAAUAUAACAGUCAUCUAGCGUCAUCCCUGCUUCUUUGCUUGGUAAGUUUAUUUCCUUAGAAGUGCCAAUUACAUCAUCAGUUUACCACACCGUCUGCAGGUAGAACUCUUAAUAUAACCUGUUGAUUUUGGAAGAGGUGAAGUAAAAAAUUAACAAAAAUGAGCGCAUAUCCUGAUACUGUGAAAAGUAUGCUUUUUUUUCCCCCUCUGGAGAUUGGUGUUAUAAUUUUGCUCAGUUAAUGUAAGAAUUUAAAUUUACUAAAAUAAACUUUGACUAAACGAAA